CUUUGUCACGGAACCAAGCCUAGUACCAAUAGAAGACUUAAAAUUUGGUAGAAUGUCAUUCAAAGGGUUUAAUCCAGAAUUAGAAAAGUUAGUGAAGAGGCUAGAGACAGAAGGAGAGCUGGCAGCUUCAGAAGAGAGAGAAAAAAUGAACAGUGUGGAUGAUGAAGAAAUGGCAAAUAGAUAUGAAUCGCUUGUGGGUACAAUAGCAAAAAAAUUUACCAAAAAGCGUCAAAGAUCAUCAGCAAAAGAUGAUGAACAAGAGGAAAGAGACUCUGUAAAAAGAAAAAAGAGUAAAAAAGAAUUCAUGAAACCCAGUGAUGACUGAGAUACAUGCGGUUUUCCAACAAGUUAAUUAUAAAAAUGGGGUCUAACUGUCAAAUCAGCCAAACUGUCAAAAUGCUAGGUCCGCCAUAUUUUAACCCAGAAGGAUAUAGCAGACACAAUCCUAGGAGCCUCCAAAUGGUGAAUCUCUUAAAAUAUGGGUCCUGUUUGAUGAAAUGUCCUUUUGAUAUAAAAAGAUGCCUGCCUUACUUCUUUAUUGGGAAUAUGGUCUUUAAACCAAGCAGCAAAAAUAAUUUAAGAUUUCCUUUUAUGAUUGUGACCCUCAGUGGCAACAUUG